CUCCUUGGGACUGACAUUUGAAAGUGCUUAGGCUCACACCACUCCUAGACCCCACACCUCUGCUUGACACAGUCACCAUCCAGCACCAACCACUGCCUCAGCCCACUAUCGACCAGCUUUAAGCCAUUUGGACAAGAGGGAAGCAGCUCCUCUGAGUUCAGCCUGCUGAACCCCAGUGUCAGUCACCAUGUCUGAGGCCAAGGCCCUGAAAGUCCGGUUGACUUUCUGCAUCAUCCUGGUAGGCGUUUGCUUGUUGAUGGCUGCAGUGGUAACAGAUCACUGGGCAGUUCUGAGCCCCAGGGUGGAAAAGUAUAAUACCACCUGUGAGGCAGCCCACUUUGGUCUCUGGAGGCUUUGCACCAAAAGGAUCUACAUGGGCAACACCAAUGACAAGAGCUGUGGACCUAUCAGCCUACCAGGGGAGAAGAACUGUUCAUACUUCAGGCAUUUUAACCCAGGAGAGAGCUCAGAAAUCUUUGAAUUCACCACACAAAAAGAAUUCAGCAUCUCUGCAGCAGCCAUCGCCAUCUUCAGCAUCGCUUUCAUGAUCAUGGGAACCAUCUUCAUCCUUCUGUCCUUCAGGAAAAAAAGGGAAUAUCUUCUGAAGCCAGCAGCUCUAUUCUAUACUUUUGCAGGACUUUGUAUCAUCGUCUCUGUGGAAGUCACGCGGCAGUCAGUGAAGCGGAUGAUUGAUAGUGAGGAGACAGUCUGGAUAGAGUACUAUUAUUCCUGGUCCUUUGCCUGUGCCUGUACCUCCUUUGUCCUCUUCUUCAUCUGUGGCAUUGCUCUCCUACUUAUCUCCCUGCCCCACAUGCCCCAGAAUCCCUGGGAGUCUUGUAUGGAUGCUGAGCCUGAGCAUUAGUUUGACUUCCUCCUUUUCUGAUGUCCUAGGCUGAAUACUAGGGAUAUAGCAGCCUCUAAGGCCCUCUCUCUAUGGAAGCCAAAUGCCAGAGGUCAAGAAGAGGUAAAAAGUGGAAAAGAGAAUGUGGUGGCAUCGCUCCCAUCCCCAUCUAUAGUAAAUGGGUUUUUUCCCCCAAAGGGAUCAUAUUUUUCUUUAUCUGAGACUUCUUUCCCACCUGUUCCAGUCUCAUUCUCUAUCCUUAUUCUAUCCUACCUUCCCCACCUUCCCAUCCACUCAACAUGAUAUAAAAUGGUGUCCCCAACACCUGUCGCUACAUUGUACCUACAAGUUGCUAGUUUCCCGUGCUCCCAUUGAGUGGUGAUGACCCUCUGCUCUAAUCUGGUAGCAAAAUGUGAGUCCAGAGCCUUAUUGGCCUUAAAUCAAAUGCCUGAUUUUCUACACUCUGAGAAGUGUCUGAGCAGGUAGGGACACUGGGGGAGUGCAUGUAUCUUCUAGCUAUACUUAUGGUUCAUAAUUGUUCUUGUACACAAUUUCAAACAGGUUUCAGGUGGUCCUCUAUAAACUACUCAAAUUCCUACACUCUACUCCUCACUGCAUCAUUAUGUCAGUUUUUUCAUGCUCUGUGUGUGGAAGCCCCUGAGAAGAAGUCCCCAGAGUAAUGGAUAAAGAUUCACUUGUAGAAAUAGCCAACCCCUCCUCUACAGAGUGCCAAGGCACACAGUAGGACUAUUUGGAAUUCAUUUCAAAGUGAAUUCUUCUUCUUUGUCUUAAUGCUUCACGAUCUCCAAGGAGCAUUUCCAACUGAGAAGAAAUGAAGUGUGAAUUAAAAUAAAAUUUCUGUGAAAAUGUA